UACUGUAAUCAUAUGAUAGGAGCCGAUCCGCUGCAGAAUACCGACACACCGGGCGGACACAGCGGAGCAGCCGGGGCGGAGGACACCAGUUGAUGGUACUUUUUUUUUUUUAGAAAAAGAAGCGCGUGGAGUCCGUGAAAGUGUCGCGCGAAGUGUGAAAAACAGACAAACUCCCCCCAAAAAGGAACUUUUUCAAACUCUGGAGAGACACAGGGGGGGACCGGAGAGGAGAGGGCACACACACACGAAGCGUUAACCGAAGAGGAGUCGAUUUAACCGGAGCGGAGUUAGCUAACAGGGGCGGUCAGCGGGUCGGUGGAAACCCCUGGGGUCCUCGCAUCGCUUGUCGGGGCGGUUGUUUUUCGUGAUUUUCCCCACAAGUUUCUCAACUAGCCAGGUCACUUUCCAGCUGAAGCUGCAGCCAUGGUCGGGGAGACAGAGGUGAAGGAGAGACCCAAGUCCAACCCGGACUAUCUCAUGCAGCUGAUGAACGACAGGAAGGUGAUGAGCUCCCUGCCCAACUUCAGCGGCAUCUUCACGCAUCUGGAGCGGCUGCUGGAUGAAGAAAUCGGCAGGGUACGCAAGGACAUGUACAACGACACGGUGAACGGGGGCAUGUUCAACGGGCGCGACAUGGAGGAGCUUCCCGAAGCUAUCGGCCCCGUGGCUCAGCUGCAGGAGAAGCUCUACGUGCCUGUAAAAGAGUACCCCGACUUUAAUUUUGUAGGGAGGAUCCUUGGCCCGCGUGGACUGACGGCCAAACAACUGGAAGCGGAGACCGGCUGCAAGAUUAUGGUGCGAGGAAAAGGCUCCAUGAGAGACAAGAAGAAGGAGGAGAUGAACCGAGGGAAGCCCAACUGGGAGCACCUCAGCGAGGACCUCCACGUCCUGAUCACAGUGGAGGACACGCACAACCGCGCCAAGAUCAAACUCCAGCGGGCCAUCAAUGAGGUCAAGAAACUUCUGGUGCCAGCUGCUGAGGGGGAGGACAACCUGAAGAAAAUGCAGUUGAUGGAGCUGGCGAUUCUCAACGGGACCUACAGAGACGCCAAUGUCAAGACGCCCACCGCCGGCUUCCCUCUGGCGACCCCUCAGGCGCCUCGGAUCAUCACAGGCCCGACGCCCGUCCUGCCUCCCACCCUGCGCAACCCCGCCCCCGUCACCACGCCGACCAUCAUGCCUCUGAUCCGUCAGAUCCAGAGCUCCGCCCUCGUGCCGGGAGGCAAUCCGCACCCGGCGCUGGUGCAGCAAGGGCCCGAAUCUGGAAUCAUCUACACGCCCUACGAGUAUCCCUACACACUCACGCCCUCCAUAUUGGAAUACCCGAUUGACUCGACUGGAGUAUUAGUCCCUUCUUCCUGUGUUUUCGCAGCAGGUGCCAUGACCACUAAGGUACGACGCCACGACAAGAGAAUCCAUCCUUACCAAAGGGUAGUGACCCCAGACAGAGCUGCCACGGCAACUAACCCAUGACCCCUUGACCUUCUGACCUUUCCGCCCACUGAUGACCCACCCAUCUCCGCCUGCUGGCGUGCUCAUUGGCCCGCGGCCCCGUCACUCCCCCAGCUCAGCCAACCAGACCACCACAUUGGGAACAACCCCGGCUGCUUCUGUCUAACCAGCCAACCAGACGACAGCGAUCACGGGAGUAAACCUCAGGACCCCGCCCACCACCAAGUCCUAAACUAAACUUUACCAAACGUGCCUUCCUUCCAAAAAAGUCCAAAGCCAGUCUGAGAAUGUUUCAUAACCAGUAAAAAUCCCAAUCUGUAACAGAUGUUGCCAUGCAUAACCAGUAGACUAUACUGGGGAUGGGGCCCCCAAUCUGGUGAAGGGCUCCUAAACCAAUUCCUGGCUGUGCCAAACUGUCUCCCUGAGCUGCCCUCGGUCCGUGUGAUGCAAUAAUAUUAAUAAUGACUCUAUUAAUAACAUGGUAACUAUACUCAUAAUGAUGGUACUUAUCCAGCACAGAAACCCUCCAUAAACACUAAAACUAAAAAGAGAUAUGUUGACAGCUUUCCUCAUCGGGCGCCUUUUACUUAAAGGAGUACGUCACCCAGAGAUGACCAUUUGUUAAUCAGUAACUCACCCCGUGUUACGUUGAAUUUGUGAGGAAAACUUUGAUUUUCUUGCAUGUAAAUGAAGAACCCAAAAACUGAGAAAAUUCUUGAUGAAUUACAGUAAAUGGGGGGCCGCGUUAAACAAAAACUAUAUCAGAACAUCUGUUUCUGAACUCUUACACAAAUCGUGCAGUAUAAUCCAGGUCUUAUUUAUACAGUUUAGGGAUGACAACAGUUAACCAUAGAGUGUAUUUUUGAGUGGUAAAGCCUGUAGAUCUAUGGAUUGAUUUAUUGUUUAGUUUUCUGCACCAUUCAGGUCUGGUUAAAGCUAGCUAUUGGCGCCGCUGCUCAUUCAAUUAGUAACGACCAUAGACUGUAUAUAAAGAUGGACGCCCCCACUUACCAAGAGGGGGCCUUAACCCCACUUGGGGCGUCCCCAAGUGGGGUUAAGAAUAUCUGAGAUAUGGCCGUUGCCAACUUGCAAUGGUGAUGUCAAUGGUGAUGCAGUCACGAUAUCCACGGUGGGGUUAGAUGGGGACUUCUCGCCAAACCACCCGUCAGACCAAUUGCGAGCAGCUCCAUUGAAUGCGAGUGCAUCGAUUGGCUGUCACAGCUGUCAACCAGGCUGUGAAAAUUUCCUUUUUGUAGAAUUGAAUUUCUCAUUAAAACCGAAAUUACGACCGAUAAGACGUUUGACUGCAUGUUAUUUUAGCGACCCAUCGCGGGAGAUUUUCAAAGCCGCUUGUAGCAGUUAGCCGCUAACUUGGAGAAGAAGAACAGCCUCCGUAAAUAUCCGCAAAUUGGGCAGAUAAUGAGAAUCAGGAGCCCUCCCUUUAGAGCAGAGGACGAGAUCAGCCACCAUAUAACAAAGACGAUAAAUGAUUGAUACUGACAUGUUAUGCUGUUAUUAUUGUUUAGAAAGCACUGCGGACGUGUAUUUUAUAUGUCACGCUAGAGGUGGAUGCUGUUGUGUUAUAUGUCGCGCCUGCGUUGAUUCCGUGAUGCCAGCAUGUUGUCUAAAAUCACACCGAAGCCACCAUUGUUUGGUUCUGUGUAAAAGAGCAAUGAAGGCGUAAAGAAGGGACUUGGUAACAGCCAGAUAGCGUGAUCUCUUUUUCAAAAGAGCGAGUGUUAGUAAUGCUAAAGGGUCUCAAAAUGAAGCUGCUUAUUCACUAGGGCAACCUUGGGGAGAUCAAAGGGUGGCAAAAAUGUUUCCACAGCAACAGUGUCGCGCCACAAGAACAUUUUUCCAGCGUUAUUUGCUGAAUGAGUUGCGCUCUACCUGACAACAUGUGCUGUUUAGGCUAGAGCAGCCAAGGCUAACCAGGAGAGACCGGAGGCUCGGCAGUGGGCACUAUGUUUCCGCAUGUUAACGCAAAUAGGCGGCUGUCUGUCAGCCAGCAGAAAAUACAAGGCAGACAUUAACGUCUCAAAAAAACAAUAAAAUUUCACCACCGCUAAAUAGUGCUUUGAGAAAGCCUUAAGUAUUUCAUGUAAUUUCACUUUUUUUGUUGUUGUUGUUAUUGUUGUUGUUUUUUUCUUAAAAAUUAACCGGGCAGUUAGUGGUUAAUAAGCAAAAUUAACGGAAACUGUCUUCCCUAAUGCAGUCAUUUGCUCAAUAUUUCCCAAACACAUGCACUUUUGUUAAAUCCUUUCACUUCUGCAUACAAGUAGCGCACCUGGAUUCUGUGUUUUUGGAUUCAACAGAAGCGUGCGAGAAAACAAAUUCUUCCUCACAAAUUCAUUGUAACAUGGGACAGGUAAUUAAUAAAUGAAUUAAUAUAGAAAUGAUCAUUUUGUGGGUGAAGUAUUCCCUCUUGAAGGGGAUUGGUUCUUCUCUCAGCCAACACACACUCAUUAAUUUACACUUUGUUAUUGGUGUUAAACCCUUCACAUUAACUCACUUUUCCUUGAAAUGUAACACCAACAUGUGAUGUGUUUAAAAUGUCUGAUGUGCUUUUUAAAGAUCAUAUUAAUUUAUGCCUCAUGUCCUUUAAAGUGAGACAUCUCCAUUUCCCCUUUUACAUGUGUGAACAAGAGAAACUUUACACUGUAAAGAAACAGGCGCUCAUGAGGAAAAAUAACAAACUGGAAUCCAAAAUGCCAAAGUAUCUCUUUUAAAACAGUAAAAUAUCCCAAUAGUGAGUCAACAUAUGCAGAAAAAUGCCAAGUCUGUACAGUACAGAUCCACACACACACACACAGAGGGGAGGUUGCACUUCUUUUGUCUAAAUCAAGACGACUUACACAACGAUGCCUUUGCCUUUUUCACACUACAGUAUUGUAUCAGCUUGAACAACAGUGCCUUUAUUUAUUUGAGAGAGAUGGAACAAUGUUACACCUAAAUCUUUCACUGCUACAUCGGGGGUUUGUGCCCAGCAUGAAAUUAUGUCCUUUGGGUUUAUGCAGAUUCAUUAUCAUCAUCUACAUUUUAUGGUUUUAGAUCUAUAACUCCUCUCAGUUCAGAUUUUAGUGCCAAAAACAUUUUAAAAAAUGGCUUAUUUGAAUUGGAAGUGAAAUGCAGUAUUGAGGCAGCAGCUGCGGUGUCUGAAACGUUUAUGUGUGAGGUUCGGAUACCUCUAGAGAACAGUGUUAUAUUUCAUCUUUUCAUUUGUUUGUUUUUGUUGGAAGUCCAUAUCGAUAUUUCUGCACGUGUAUCCGCUUUUUUUUUUUCAGACAGUGUGGUACAGUUACUCGUGCACAUACACACAAACCAACCGAUGCCUUGACUUAAAAACAAAAAAGAAAAAAAAUCAUGGAGCCGUAACAUCUGUAACAAGUUUAUAAUGUAUUUUUAUAUUCUAUUUUGUACGUGGAAAAUAACAUUAAAUGACCUUUUCAGAUAAGAACAUUAUGCCUUAUUACGGAGAGUAAUUUGAUGAGUAUAACUAUCCUUCAUGUGUCAUUAGUAAUCAAUGUCCUGAUAUACUGGAGUCUCUGAUGUCCUCUGUAUUAACUUGAGCCUUUGAGAUCAACAUCGCUUGCCCUCUGUGCCUUUUGUAUACUCUGAGUGUGACGAUUAACAGUGUAGUACGACAUUAAUCUACUCUUCAAGUGUAGGUUACUAACUGUUACCACUUCUGUGAUUAUUAACCACUUUAAUGGUAUCUUACAGAAGCCGACAGCGGCCGUCCUCCCCAUUAUUUUUCUCAUUCCGUUAUUUCAAGAUUGUGAGUUAAUUAUUUUGUUAUAUUGUGAAAAUGACGACCCAAAACAAAAGGUUUUUAUUUUGGUUGUUAAAGGAAGGUUGUUAUUUCACGAAAAACAAAAUGAUCUACAUUUUAUCACGAGAAGUAAAUUCGAGAACUCUAGCUUUCAAGAUAAUCAACCCGUAUCACAAGGAAACAAAAGGUUUUUAAAAUCUGUUAUCUCGAGAAAAUAAGCUUUUUCCUCGAAAUGACAAGUUCAUUAUUCCAUUAUCUUGAGAUAACAAGUCGAGUAUUUUGUUAUCCCAAAGAGAGCCUUGUUAUCAGGUGACAAGGAGAUAGUCAACCUGUUAUCACGUGAAAACAAAGGUUGUUUUAGUUUAUCUUAUGUAGAAAAUAAGCUUUUUUAUGCAGUGAUAACAAGGUCAUUAUUUUGUUGAAACUAAAAGUUAUGUCAUUAGCAAAAUUAGCUCAUUUAUCUGGAGAUAUCGAGAUGAUCAACCCAUUAUCAUAAGAAAACAAAAGUUUGAUUUUUAUUUUAACUUGAAAAAACAAGCUUUUCUAUCUCAUGAUAACAAGUUUGUUAUCCUGUUAUCUCGAGAAAAGAGCUUUGUUAUCUUGUGAUAGCGAGAUAAUCAACCUGUAACCACGAGAAAACGUUUUUUUUUUUCAUUUGUUAUCCUGAGAAAAACUUGAAAUAACUUAAUUAUGUAUUUAUCUCUAGAUAAAAAGCUCUGUUAUUUCUUGAUAAAAAGAUAAUUAACCCCUUAUCAAGAAAAAACAAAAAGUUUUAUCCAAAGAAAAAGAGCUUUGUGAUCUAAUAAGUUAUUCAAUCAACCCGUUAUCCCUAAAAUAAAAAGGUUUUAUGUCGUUAUCUCGAGAUAACAAUUUAAUUAUGUCGUUUUAAACUGAAAAUAUCAGAUCAAGGCAAACAAACUACUUAAAAUCAGUUGCUACGUUUUGUUUUUGUAAUUAUCUCCUUAAUUUAAGACAGAAGAGCUUGUUUUUAUCGAGAUAAUGAAAUAAAAUUACAUUUUUCUUGAGUUAAACAACCUUUUGUUUUCCUGUGAUAAUGGGUUGAUUAUCCUGUUAUUUUAAGAUAGUAACAGUCUUUUUUGCAAAAUAAAACAAUUAACUCGUGAUCUCGCGAUAACGGGAUUUAAAAAAUAUUUGGGAGGACGGCCGCUGUUGACUUCCGUAGUAUCUGUCUCUGCUUUGAAUUCCUUUAAAAACAAAAAAAAAAGAAUUACAUGUGUGUCUAAAGAAACGAACAAAAAAAAAAAUAUGUGUUGGAACUUUUAACUUUUUAAAGUGAGCAGGAAUAACUCUUUGUACACUAUUAAACUCAUAGUUGUUAAACUAACAAUCUUUGUUGCUUUUUCUCUGUAGCUCUUAAUUAUGCAAAUCAGCUUCCUUUCUGCAUACUAAUCACCAAACACUCGUCAGAUACAGAGAGAGGGAGGGAGGAAAGAAACCCGGCAGAUAUUUCAGUCAAAACGCAGGGAAAGGGCCACAACAUGUUUUUCCCCAUUUCUCCCUUUCUGCGCUCCUUUUCUUGUUUUCUAUCCACUCCUGCUAUUUAAGUAGACACAUUGAUGUGUGUAAUAAGAGAGGACAAAACACACCCAGCUCACCAUGGUUUC